GCUAAGGUCAAGAUGAGGACGCAAGCUACGAUCACCGGCGACUCCACGAUCGCUUCCGGCGAUCUUCCUUCGGUCGAUCAUAGGAUGAUGCAUAUUUUACGCACCUCCGCUUCCGACGAUGAUGCCAUGCACCCUCGACGCUUGGACGUUAUCUAUAUACCGCGACAUUAUUCGGAGACUCGAGAUUCGGCCGGUCAGCCGUCGGCCGACGACGUCUGCGAGCACUUGUUGAAUCGACCGUCCCACGCACGAAUGCUCCCGUCCUCGGGGCUUCCGGUGAAGAUUCGUGCGUUCUAUCUGAGCGCCUCAUCUGCCAACACAGCCUCGGAAAUUCAAAUUCACACUCUGAUGUCUCAACAUACUUCUGCCGCGAUUCGACCGCAGCCGUGGCGAGCCUAAUUAUCGCCCAUCGUCGGGAUAUCCGAUAUUCCUCAACGUUUAAUCUUAAUAUGGAAUCAAAUUUUGCCUCGACAAUUUUGCGUUCUACCGUUUGCCGUUUGCUGUAUCAUUCCAGGUCUGACCUUUCAAUUUAGCUUCAGACAUACCUCC